UCCCACUGACCGCCCACCAGCGGCGCUUCUCAGCGGAGCAUCUCGCUCUUUUAUCUCACCCGAGGACGACUAAGUUAACAAACUUCAGGCUUGAGGGUUGUACUUUUCAUUUUAAUAAUAGCCUGUGGGGUUUUAUAGUGGGGUUCGCCGAAGUUGCUUUGAGCGUUUACAUGUUUGAAAACGGUCGCGGAAAAUUACAAUGAAGCUAAACUAACACUCAUUCAGGACUGAGAAGAAGAACCAGCGGCACGUGCCUGUCCUCAUUCAAAAGGAAGCAUGGGGUCAUUACGAAAGCCCAGACCCCGUUUCAUGAGCUCGCCCGUGCUGUCAGACCUGGCCCGCUUUCAUGCCAGCUCGCCAACUUUGCAACUGUCCAACGCCAGUGUUUGGAACAGUGUCCAGACGGCUGUUAUUAAAGUGUUUGAAGGUGGAGGACUUCAGCCCAAUGAGCUUUAUACCUUAAAUGAAAGUAUAAGAUGGCUUUUGAGGACUGAGCUGGGAUCAUUUAUCACUGAAUAUUUUCAGGAUCAACUCUUGAAUAAGGGUCUGACGAGUAUUUUAGAACAGAUUCAGCUUCAUGAUGAUGAAAACCGUCUCCAAGCGCUGUCUGAGAUGUGGGUGAGGUUUUUCACAGAGAUCCUGCCAACUCUUCAAGCUAUUUUCUACCCUGUGCAGGGUCAGGAGUUGACUGUCAGGCAAAUGGCUCUGCUAGGCUUCAGGAACAUGGUUCUGUUAAAGCUUUCCUUGGAGAAGGUGCUUCAGGACUCCUCGUGUCCUUCUUCAAUCACACAGAUGCUGCUCAUUCUGCAGGGCAUUCAUGAGCCCAACGGACCAACGCAAGAGUAUUUUCUACUGGAGAGACUAGUAGAGAUGGUUAUAUCGCCUUACCUGAGUAACUACCUCAAGAGGAGCCCGAGUGAUUCUUCUUCAGAGGGUAACAGACUGGUUAACACUCCACACCUCGCUCAACCCGAGAUUAUGGUGACGCAUUUUGCCCACGAGUCCUUCCUGGCACCUCUAAUUGAACACGAAGGUGAAGCCUAUUUGGAAAGGACUGCCGGUGUGAGACGCCACACUGUCGCCAAUGUGCAAUCGGACAUCCAGCUCCUGACCAUGAAUAACAGGAUGCACUCAGAGAAAGUCGAGGUCAGUGGGACAUCCAGAACAACCAAGACAGAGAGCAAAAGGACACCUAAGACUCCUUUCUGCAGCGAACCUGCCUUUUUUGACUCCCUGCCAAGUGGCAUGGAAAUCCGGCGAGGCCAAAGCAAUGCAGAGAUGAAGUGUGGCUUAACUAGUUAGAAAAGCGUCACUAUCUGUUCACUGCAAUCUUCUAAAGUCAAGAUAACUGAGACAAGCUAGGACGUGUUCCUUUAACACUAGAACCGCCAUGAGGUAAAAUUGACCCAUUUCUGUUUUCAGAUUCACACAUAACAAAAAAAAAAAAACUGUAGAAACUACCACAAAAAGUUCCAGUGAAAUCGAGAUAAAGUUUUUUGGAUGUUAAUAUCAGUAUGCCCCUGAUAAAUAAAGUGAUUAAGCUGAAGGAAAAUGAAGUAAUGAAUAUCAGUAUGUUAGCCUAAAGGAUAUCUAUGAGUUAGUGUGCUCCAAAACAUUGACAAAUGUCAAUAUUAAGAACAUUCAUUCACUUUCUUUCAGCUUAGUGCCUGAAUAUCAGGGGUCACCACAGCGGAAUGAACCGCCAAAUUUUAUAUCAUAUGUUUAAUGCUACGUAUGCCCUUCUAGACGCAACCCAGUACUGGGAAACACCCAUACAUUCUCAUUCACACAUACUCUAUGGCCAAUUUACUCAGUUCACCUUUAGCGCAUGUCUUUGGACUGUGCGGGAAACCCUAGCACCCGGAGGAAACCCACAUGAACACAGGGAGAACAUACAAACUACACAUAGAUAUCCCAACUAGACUCGAACCAGCGACACAGUGUGUCUGAGCCACCAUGCUGACUAUUAAGAACAUAUAACCCUCAUAUAAACACUCAAAGCUUGCAGUUUCUUCAUCUGACCAAACAAAUGCUCUUUAGCAUUUGACAUGCCCUGCCCCCUUCUUUGCUAUUUGCACUUGUGCUCAACCAACUGUCACCGGCAGAGUUGUGAUAGAAAUGAAAUACUAUUGGCCAUUUUUUUAAAGGGGGAGGAGCCCUGUCUUUACAAGACAGGCCCGUAACUCAACAAGACCACCCCUUUUUCAAAUCACUAUUGCCCUUAUUUUUUGAUGCGGAAGUGUGCUCAUUUUUGCAAUUGUUUUUGUUAACUUCCGAUUUAGCUACCUAUGGUAUAAAUGAUAGCAGAAAACCGUCAAACGACUUGCUCUUCAAACAAGUUUGUUUACGACAAAGUAGAUUAUUGUAACUAGAAAAUAUCAGUUUGCAACAAAAAUCUAUGGAAGUAAAUGAGACUGGAAGUCUCGAGCCAAGAAUAAGGUCAAUAGUUACUAGACAUGCCCCUUACUGCUGAUUGGCUGCAAGUGUGUUUCGGGAUUCGGUCCGACACUGUGUCAAAAAUAUUCCUUAUUAGUAGUGCAAUACAUCCCAAUGGAAUAUGUCCUUAAACACACUAGAAACAAUCAAAUGUAAAGGUUUUAGUGGUAUUUGUAUUGAAAAUCUAAUUUAAAAGCUGUUAACAUUACACUUGCAUUACCAAUGCAACAACUGGCGCAUUUGUAUUACAUUCCAAAGAGCUCUUUUAUCAGCAUCACAGUGGAAAACUUCACCGACCUGAUUUCACCAAGUAGGACAUGUUCCUGGAUUAAUAUCUGUGUUGAUCCUGGAACAGCAUUCCAAUCAGCCAAUCAGAAUUAAGGGAUACAUUUACAGUUUAAGUUUAGGCACCUCUCCGUGGUUGUUAUGCAGCAUCUAUUCUCCUUUUUUGGGAUUUUGGGAUUAAUUUACAGUUAUGGUUGGGUUUAGGGGUAGGGAAUAGGUUUGGAUUACACUUUCCAACAAAAAUUAUGUUCUAGGACAGUGGUGGCCAAACUCGAUCCUGGAGGGCCGGUG